AUGGGGUUAUUUCCUGGAGAAAGUGAAGAAUUUGUUAACUUUGACGAAGCAAUAGAUGACACAAACCAAUUUUAUCAAAGAGUUCUUAAAUACAUUGUUGCCAAUGAAAUAAUCGUUGGACAACAUUCUAGAAAACAAAUCUUCCUUCCACACAUACCAUUAACUCUACCAAAUGAUGAAGGAUAUCCAUUCAAAUUCAAGAGGCAACAAUUUUCAGUACGUCUAUGCUUUGCAAUGACAAUUAACAAGGCUCAAGGACAAACAUUGCCUACUAUUGGAAUAUAUCUUCCUGAACAUGUAUUCUCUCAUGGGCAACUAUAUGUUGCACUUCUUGCGGAGUUUCAAUGCAAACAAAAAAAGUUUUAG